AUGGCGAGCUUUUCAGAAGACGAGGAAAUGUCGGAAGAAGAAGAAAUUGUCACGAUUCUUCUCUGCAACUCAAUGAUGGCUAUGCUUCAAGAGCUGCGACGGGCUGAGCAACCAAGAUCGCGGCAGCGGCGACGACGGUGGUGGGUCCGCCCGUCCUUGCAGGAGCGGGAUAGGUUGGGACAGGCGAACAACCUCUUGCCACUGCUUCGCGAUCGAGACGUUGAGUACUACAGAGACUUCCUGCGCAUGUCACCCAGUAGCUUUAACACACUGAUGGAGCUCCUUGGCCCCCGCAUCGCAAAAAAAGACACACGGUUUCGCAAGGCUAUACCUACAGACCACCGCCUGGCCCAAGUUAUUAGAUUGCUGGCUGUUGGCGAUACCCUGCGGUCAUCUGCCUUUAAUUUCUUGGCUGGCAGGUCCACAACGUGCAACCUUGUUUCAGAGGUGUGCCUGGCCAUUUGGGAAGUGCUUGGCCCUAUAUAUGUUAUAACGUCAUCAUCUCCAGAUGAAUGGUUGAGGGUCUACCCCCUUUGUUUGGAAACUGUGUUGACGGGCAAGCUCAGCAACCAGAUGUUCAGGGAGCACCAAGUCAGUUUUCACAGCUACAAGAAAAAAGAAUUUUCAACUGUAGACUGA